AUGUUUGCUUUGGGACCUGUUUUUGUAAUUCUGCCGCAUUACUUCAAAACUAAUGAGGUCAAACUUGAGAUGCCCUUCAUAGCAUAUUAUCCGUUCAAUGAGUUUGACGUACGGAUUUAUCCCUUCUUGUAUGUGCAUCAGUUGUGGACAGCGUUAUCCGCCACGCUUAUGGUGUACGGGCCCGACUGUUUCUUCUUCACUUGUUGUACAUUUAUUCAUAUCCAGUUCGCAAUAUUGAGCUACGAUAUGGAAAGAUUGGUUAACGAUGACUCUCGCAUUUGUGAUAGGAACAGACUUAAAGAAUUAGUUGUGCGCCAUAUUGAAUUGAUGAGGUGCGUAGAAUUGGUAGAAAAAGUAUUUUCAAAGUCGAUUUUAUUUAACGCUAUGACAAGUUCGGUUAUAAUAUGCGUAACUGGAUUCAAUGUUUCGGUGGGCGAUAAUAUACUAAUGAUGGGUUCCUUCCUCGCCUUUCUAAUUUUCGGUUUGAUGGAAAUAUUCUUUUAUUGUUACUACGGCGAUAUUAUUAUGAGAUCUAGCAUGGGAGUUGGCGAUGCUAUUUACAAUAGCUGUUGGUACAUGACAGGAGCGGCAGAUAGGAAAUUAUUCCUCAUUGUCCUUACGAGAUCUCAAAAACCUAGCAAAUUGACGGCUUGUGGAUUUUCCAAAAUCAAUUUGUACGCAUUUACGAGUAUUCUUAGUUCAUCGUGGUCAUACUUCGCUCUUUUGAAGACAAUGUACCAUCCAGAAUGA